UCCUGGUUGGUUUACGAAUUCUGACAUGGAGAGACUUGUCUUUUUGAUAUUAUUGAGACUGACUUUGUCAUCUGGAUACCAAAUCGUGUCUCAGAAAAACUAUACCAAACAGGCUAUGGAAGUAUACGGCUGUCAAUCACAAAACGCAUGUCAUUUAUACCAAUCCAGUAACGCUGUAGAUGAAAAUGUUCACACAUGUACAAGGACAGCACCUAUUGGAACUAUAACUACAGAUAGAUCGACAUGGUGGUAUGUUGACCUUGAAAAGGUACUCAGCAUCUACAGCAUCAGAAUACAGUUCAAAGAUGGUGAACAUGAAUAUGGUAUUGUCAUGAGACAAAGAGGACGUUUUGCUGGUUUCUCGCUCUAUGUGUCAAACACAACUAUAAAGGAGGAUGGGUAUCUAUGUUACAAGAACGGACAGGAGUUACCGCCCUUGGAUUUCAGUACAACUUGUGUUAAACAUGGACGUUACGUUAUAUUUUACAAUGAAAGACUUGACGGAACAACUUAUCCUACCGGAUAUGAAACAGCUAUAGUUCACACUGAAUUGUGUGAAGUAUCCGUAACAGGUUGUAAAAAAUCCGGUGUGUAUGGAUAUAACUGUGAUCUACCCUGUCCAAACAACUGCCAGGAAAUGAGAUGUGACAUUGUCAACGGAACGUGUUUGGGUUGUACUGCAGGAUGGAUGGGAGAUUUUUGUAACGAACAAGACAUUUUUGUAACAUGUCCACCUGGAUAUUACGGUCUACAGUGUAGAUCUACGUGUACUGGACACUGCAGAGACAACCUGUCCUGUAAUCACACCACUGGACAAUGUGACUAUGGCUGUGGUAAUGGAUGGACAGGAACACAUUGUAACACAGAGUGUCCUGCAGAAUCAUACGGUCGUGAUUGUAUGUAUAACUGUAGUGGACAGUGUCUGAAUUACCUCCCCUGUAACAGGACAACAGGAAUAUGUGAGGGAGGCUGUAAUCCAGGAUAUACCGGGGAACUCUGUGACAAAGUUUGUGAUGAUGGCUGGUAUGGAGAAAACUGCUCUGCACGAUGUAACGAGAACUGUGUCAACCAGUCAUGUUUUCAUAUCACAGGCACCUGUACAUACGGAUGUAAACCGGGAUGGAGGACUCCCAACUGCACACAGAAAUGUUCAGUAGGAACAUACGGAAAAGAUUGUGGAAAUCACUGCAGCAGUCAUUGCAGAAACACAACAUGUAAUCCAAUCACAGGAUCUUGUCUGGAGGGCUGUACUCCAGGAUACUUAGGGCGUAUCUGCAACAAACCAUGUGAUAAAGGAACAUAUGGACUCAACUGCUCCCAGAAUUGUUCUCAGAACUGCCUUGGCGAUUGUGACAAUGUUGACGGAUCCUGCAUGUGUUCCUCUGAACGGACAGGUUCCCCUAACUGUAGUGAAAAAUUUUCGGGGUCAGGAGGUUCUGCAGCACAGUCCGAUACGAUAGAUUCUGGCGCAGUAACAGGAGCUAUGGGAGGGGAGGUGGGAGCCGUGGGUCUUAUUGCUUUCUUCAUCACAGGGAUACUGUUUAUACGAUGGAGAAGAAAGAAAGAAAGAAAACAUGAAGAUACGGAGACGGUAGCGUUUUCUUCUGUCCCAGAAACGUUAACAAUAGGUGAUAAAAGACAUGAAGAUAUGGAAAUGCGUGGAGUCGGAAACCCAGGCUUAGAAUUAGAAACUGAGGGGGAAGUGCUCACGACGAAUACUAAAAUAGACAUAUCCGUCGCAGAUUUUGAUAAAGCAAUAUUCGUCUUGUCUGAAAAUCAGAAUGUCAAGUUCAAAGAAGAAUACAUGACAAUUCCUAGAGGAGAACUACACCCAAGUAAUGAAGGAAAUAAACAGGAAAAUGUUGCCAAAAAUCGAUACACCACGAUUUUCCCGUAUGACCAUUCACGUGUUGUUCUGAAAUCAUCACCAAAAGAGUCGGACUACAUUAACGCGAAUUAUAUUGAGGAUGUACAAGGAAAGAAAUCGUAUAUUGCAGCCCAAGGACCAAAAUCAAAGACAAUUGUUGAUUUCUGGAAAAUGGUCUGGCAAGAAGACAUCAGUGUAAUUGUUUGUCUGACGAAUCUCAAAGAGGGAAAUAAGAACAAAUGUGCCCAAUACUGGCCAAAUUCCAGUGACAAGAUAAAGAAAGGCAACAUCAGCAUACGAAACCAGAAAGAAAACGUAUACGCGGACUACGUCAUCAGACACUUCCGCUUGCAAAACAGCGUCGAUAAAGCUGAGCGCGACGUGUGUAUGUUCCAUUAUACGCAGUGGCCAGAUCACGGUGUCCCAGAACCACUGGCUCUCGUGGUAUUCCAUCGACACGUUCUGAAAACUUCUGUCGAACAUCCAGGGAAGUAUACUCUCGUCCACUGCAGCGCAGGGAUUGGUAGGACAGGGACGUACAUAACAUUAGACGCGCUUAAUAAGGGAGGGGAGGUAACCGGGAAAGUUAAUAUCCGGCAGUAUGUAGAAACCAUGAGAAACAGCCGUGCUAACAUGAUCCAGGGCGACGACCAAUACAGAGUUGUCUACUUGGCAUUAUUUGAAUCAUUCCGAGGAGAAGGAAGGUCUGUAUCAACCAAGACAUUUCUACAAGAAUUCCAGGAUCAUUCCUGUUAUAUCAAUCUCGGAGAAGUAGCUAAUAAAUCACCACUUUCUGCUGAAUUUCAGGACCUGUUGUCCAGAAGACGAGAAUACACACAAGAAGACUAUAAAACAGGGCGGCAAAACGUAUCGGCCAAUUACACACCCAGUGUUCUGCCUGUUGAAAGUUACAUGUGUCCAUUGUCAAACACUAAAGGGAAGAACACCUACUACAACGCAGUUUCUUUACAGUCUUUCACAAGAAAUGACCAUUUCAUCAGUGCUCAAUAUCCUCUACCAGAUUACACAGAGGACUUCCUGAGACUUGUGAAGGCUUAUUAUGCACCAACAAUUGUAUCCCUGAGCCCGUUGGUGGAAAUCGAAUCAUCUUCACUUUGGCUUCCUGCUAAAAAUGAAAGUAAAACGAUUAGAGCAUUCACGACUAAAAUGACAGAUUGUACACAAACAACCACAGUCACCAAGACUAGCAUUAUUCUGCACCAAAAGGGAGCUAGUGGCAUGAGCGUUUGUGUAUUGGAAUGUAGAAGAUGGAAAGGAGAAAGCGACUCCUCAAACCGGAGAGUUUUACUUGAUCUCAUCAACGAAGCGAGGGUGGAGGAAAUGACCCACCCCGAGGGAAGGAUUUUGGUUCUGUCGAGUGAUGGGGCCAAGCGAUGUGGUCAAUUCUUGGUUGCAUUCAAUGCUCUGGAACAACUUACCAUGGAUACAGAGGUGGACAUAUUUACAAUCACAAGACAACUGCAAAUCCGACGGCCAGAGUUCAUAUCUUCUUUGGAAGAAUAUCAGUUUUGUUACGAGUCCAUUGCUGAUCAUCUCCAAAAUGACACAGUGUACGCGAAUUGCUGAGGACCAGUGUACGCGAAUUGCUGAGGACCAGUCAAAGAGACUGUGACAUCAACCAGCCUUCCUCCUAAUAACAAUGGAAACACAUUGAAGAAUUUUUUCAUUCACUGGAGACCAGUAUUAUAAAUGUACUGGUGUUAUUAACUCACCCACACUUCACUUAUUGUAUUUGCUUGCUUUUUAUUAACCAUUCUUCCGCUUCUUGUUCCUCUGCCUUAAAAUAUCCGUAGCCGUUGUCCGUAACCAGUAGAUGAAAGUAUUAGAAACUCGAGGUGUGAUAAGCCAAUGUAUAUAGUUGUGUAGAAAUAUUUUGUUUUCAGAUUAAAUGGGGUUAAGUUAUAUUUUGGGGGUGGGUACAACAUAGAAGUAUGUGUGGAAAAAAUAGUUCCAAAAUUCAACAGAUAUAACUUGAAAAAUAUAAUUGCGUCCCGCGGUCUUCGGAAAUGAGAAGAAGAUUCCAGGGCAUACAAACUAGUAUCAAGGUUAAGGGGCCCCAGUGACCUUGACCUCUGACCAUGAAUAAUAUAGAACCUGUUAUAACUUUGGAACCGAUAUUGAUAGAGACAUGGGAUCUAUCAGAUGUGAUAAGACUAAUAGGCAACAAACUAGCAUCAAGGUCAAACUAAUCCUAUGCCUUUCACCUUGAUCAUAAAACACAUUACAUUAUGGGACCAACAGAGACAUGGAAUCGAUAAAGAUUUGAUACUGAAAUGAAACUGAGUCGAAUCACACCAUUCCCACGACACAACCAGUAUUCAACGUCUCCUCCAAUACAAUGCAGCAUACAUCCAGUCACCGCUUGUUCUCUUCCUUUAUAUCUAAUUCAGCUUUUUAAAACCAUGGCACCUUUAAUUCGGCGUCUAAUCCAUUUAUUUCCGCGCAGUAACUCUACCUGAUCUGAACACACUCCGUCAGCCAUUUUUGUUGCUGUUUUCAUUCUUACUUUCAUAUAUUCCUACGCGCCAUUUCAGAAAAGUUAAUUAAAGCUUGUUGAUGAGAGAAACUCUUUGAUUUACUAUUUAAAAAACACAUAUUUAAAUGAUAAGAAAUAAAACUUGUAGCGCAUUGAUGAAAAGGUUGUCCGUCCAAUUUUUCCUUUGAUACCUGCAUCAAGAAAAGAAUUAUAAGUUUCAUUUCUUAAAUUAAUUAUAUGUUUCAUUUCUUAAAGCACGGUCUUUUGGAAUAAUAGUAGUUCUCGAAGAAAGCCCACAUUUCAAAAGCCAGUACUUCCUUUGGGAUACUUUUUAACCGGAAGGUUAUAAAAAACCUAUUUUCUCAUAUCUUGAUUUUAAAAUACAUUGUUGCAACCCUUA